AUGGGCGGCAAGACUUGGUCAAGAGAGGAGGAGUUGUACUUUUGGCGCACCAUCGUGCCCAUGUCUCCCAAGGCCGCCGCCCGGACUGGCAAAGUCGUUGACUGGGAGCAGAGUGCCCUCAUUAUGCAGAGGCACUUCGGCAAAAAGGCCCGUCGAAAUUACACCAAGUUGAUGCUCUUCGAACACUAUUUCCAGAACAUCACUACUGGGCAUGAGUCGCCGCGAGCAGCUGACCUGGUUGCUGAGCACAAGAAGCACCUGAAGGAGAAUGGCAAGGACGUUUAUGGCAUCGCGGCGGAGCACAAGACACGCUCCCGACGAGCCGCCAAAGGGAUCGGUUCCCCCAAGCCAGCGAACAAGUCGCCCGAGAAUCCCGAUGGUCAAGCACAUCUGCGAGCCGAUCAGCCUGUCGCUCGCGACACUCAGACGAACAACAGCAUCAACGGCAGUCCGCACGAGCUCGGAGAGGUGCAUCGUCCUUUGGCAUACCAGCUGCCAGGCUCCGCCAACGGCUAUUACGGCGGCCACUUCUACCACGGCUUGCCUGCCGUACCACAGGUCUUUGGAGCUCCUUGGGUUAGCACCGGGGACUCGGGCUACGUGUCGGCAGCUUCGCCUUCCAGCUACGACGGCUCGCCUGCCGCGCUCGCCAACAUAGCAGGCGAUGGGAGCGACGGCACUGCUGCAAAUGCCAUGGGGCGGGCCGAAUGA